UGACGGAUUCUGCUGCGCUAUAACGGAGCUGUGGAAAAGAUGCUGCCGGCCGGUGAGCAGGGAAAACAGCCGAGCUCCGGGUUUAACACUCUGAACCGGGUUUAACCCUGAAAACCGGGCUUAACGCUCUCCUUUUAUUAAUGUGAGCUGCAGCGAGAGAGGCAAAGAUGAAAAUCUGGAGCACGGAGCACAUAUUCAGCUACCCCUGGGAGACGGUGAUCAAAGCAGCGAUGAGAAAGUAUCCCAAUCCAAUGAACCCGAGUGUAGUAGGAGUGGAUGUACUGGACAGGAACUUGGACAAAAAUGGCCGCCUCCACAGCCACCGGCUCCUGAGCACUGAGUGGGGCCUUCCAGGUGUUGUCAGAGCGAUUUUGGGCACAAGUCGAACCCUCACCUAUAUUAAAGAGCAUUCCAUUGUGGACCCUAAAGAGAAGAAAAUGGAGCUUUGCUCAACAAACAUAACCCUUACUAAUUUAGUGUCUGUUGAUGAGAGACUAGUUUACAGGCCACAUCCAGAAAACCCUGAAGUAACGAUAUUAACCCAGGAGGCGAUUAUCACAGUGAAAGGAGUCAGUUUGAGCAGCUAUCUUGAGGGACUGAUGGCUAUGAGUAUGUCAGCUAAUGCAAGAAAGGGAUGGGAUGCGAUUGAGUGGAUUAUUAAAAACUCGGAGUGUGACGUGUGCUAACAUCUCCAGUCUUCUAUACGGGCCAAAUGAUGAAGUGUGUGCAGUGGAGAAUCAGAACCAGUAGUCAGAAGCACCAGCUAUAAAACCACAACUGGUCCGCGUGGUCUGGCUUCACCCAGCUCUGUGUGUGGUCUUACAGUGAGUGUGAGCAUCUUCUGAGAUGGUUGAGUCUUGGAUUUGAAGCUGGUUUGAAGCAUCACUUUGGAAACCUCAUGUUUAACCUUGUUAAACUGCACUUUUAAGGUAAACCUGUGCUAUUUGCAGUCCUCGCUGAAAAGUGGAAUGUUAUAUCAGAAUAUCAGCAAUAUGCACUGCUCUGACUACCUCCUUUAAAGUUAUGCUAAGUGUAUUAUAGUCAUAUGAGAAGAUUACUACUACUAAAACUAAUAUAAACUGAAACUAAGCAGUGAAAAAACUAACAAAAACUAGCAAACCCAUUUUAAAAAAUAAUUACAACUAACUGACUUUGAGGGGAAAACUGUCAAAAUGAAAAACAUAUAUAAGAAAUCAAUUUCGUGUUUAAAGACAUUUUUUAUUUUAUUUUAUUUUUAAAUUUACUAAAAUAAUGUUACUCUUUUGUUACUUGAAGGCAGCAUUAGGCAUUUUUAUCAAUUAGAAACAUAUAUUUUGCAUAAAUUAUUACACAAUCCACUGCAUUAAAAAAUAAAGUAUUGUGGGGUUGCAUUAGGGGGGUAAUUUGUCAUUAAUGUAUUAAUCCCCCCCCCCAAAAAAAAAAAACAA